GCAAUGGCUAUGAUCAAAGUUCAUGGCUAUCAGUUGUCCACUGCAACUGCAAUGGUGCGUGCUUGUUUAAAUGAGAAGGACUUGGAGUAUGAGUUUGUCAUUGUAGAUCUCUCUAAGGGCGCUCACAAGCAACCUCCCUUUCUGGCUCUCAAUCCAUUUGGACAAGUUCCUGUCAUUCAAGAUGGAGAUCUCACCUUAUUCGAGUCGAGAGCCAUUGUCAAAUAUCUAGCAAAGAAGUACGAGGGGCAAGGGACCAAUCUGUUGGGAAGUACAAUAGGAGAGCAAGCCAUGGUAGAGCAAUGGUCUCAUGUGGAAUCACAAUCAUUUACUGCUCCCUGCUCUGAAGUGGUGUUUCAGAUCCUGAUCGUCCCCAUGAUUGGAGGAAAGACAGACCAAGCAGUAGUGGAUAGCAGCCUUAAAAAGUUGAGUAACGUGCUGGACAUUUAUGAAGAAAGACUUUCAAAGAGCAAGUACUUAGCCGGGUCUUUCUUUAGCUUGGCUGAUCUUCAACAUCUAUCAUAUAUCCACGCCCUUGUGAAUCUAGCUGGACAGGGAGAAGUUGUAACCUCCAGAGUGCAUGUGAAGACAUGGUGGGAAGACAUCUCUUCUCGCCCUGCUUGGAAGAAAGUUGCAGAGGCGAUGAAACUCUAAUAUCAUCAAAUUCGUGUGUUUAGGUUUCUUUGGU